AGUCUAUAACAGGAUCACUCGUGCCCUGCCUAAACCCCCUGCGAUGUACUAGUGCGCACUCCCUCACUCCCUCCCUCCCUCCAUCCCUCCCUCAUAUGUAAGCAUAGAAAAUUGAUAUCUACUCGUCCUGGAUUGGUGGGUCUGGCUCAACCUAAGUGAAAACUCGUCUGAGUAUGGAACUGUCUUUCAUCUUAACGUGGUAGAAGCAAGUAGAGUCGUCUGUAGCUGUAGCACAACAUUCUCGGUUCUAGGUGCUUGCUUCACAACAAUACAGGAGUCUUCAUGGUUUAGAUGUUUCCAAAAAAGGAGAUAGAUAGUAGACAAAAAAGCUAGGUGACAGCAUAAUUCUGAUCUGCGGAGCAUUUUGCUCAUUGCCCCACUAGCACUAGCGCAUGCUUCUAGUCGUUGGUGAAGAAUUCUUGUAGGUGCCACCAAUCUUGUUUGACUAGGUGUCGAUAGACAUACUUUUCUUUCAAUUUUUGACUUUAUUCCUUGGUCCUCGAUGGAAGAAGAAGAUGAUCAAGCUAGUCGUGAGACAGGUCGUGGUUGCCAUGAUCAACGUGGCGGCUUUUCAUGAUGUUUUUGGAAUUUUCAUGAUUUCGAGAAAGGGGCUCCGUCGCGAUGGUGGUAAUAACUAUGCGUCGCUCCUGCUCGUUCGAGGCAUGAAGUUGCUCCAAAAAAAGAAGAAGGUCCUCGCGGUUGCUUCGUCCGGUGGCGAGUCGUUGAGACGCCAAAUGUUGCAGAACAAGAGGUGUUUGAAUUUUUCCAGUGAUGUGGCUUUCUUUUGUCACCCAACCGAUGGCCGCGAGAACCUUGACUCUGCCUUGUUGAGCUUCCUUAGCGACGUGGAUGUAGCGAAUACCCAAAAAUGGAAAACAGAGAUUAGUAAAAGAAAGGGCGGGCUGCAGACGAUUCGCGAGCUUAUUUCCGAGUGGAUCCUGCCAAGAGCAUCAGCCCUUAUUGGUAAGUUUCUAGUAAAAGUGGCAGGCACCCCUCAGGGCGACCGGCCAUCGAUCGAAGCUGCUUGGACUAAACUGAACUCGGGUAGAUCUCAGUUUCGAGUUCCUACCACUCUGGUAGACGGCGGCCAAACUGAUAUUUCUUCACCUGCGACCGCGUCUGAUCAACAUCACCUGCGUGCAAUCAACGCUGAGGACAACGCAGGUUCAACUACAGGAGCGCCCGUCUCCACGAGGACGCUACAAAAAGACGUCGUCUCUAUUCUGCAGGUGGCCAAACAAUGCCUCGACGCUCGGCAACGACUCCACAACCAGAAAAAAACGGACGAGAACUGCCAGGUCGUGUUGAACCUGCGCCACCCGCAGCACGACCCAGUCACGCAUCUUCACGCCGAAAAUUACCUGCUGGAAGCAAAGCCAUAUGUUGACGCGGCUUGGGCAGAGUGGCAAGAAGCUUGCCGGGUCAAACGGAACAGUCUUCCUAGCAAAAUAAAAAUCGAAGGCCCAGCACAAAGUUCCACCUCUGAGACGAGUGCCCGCACGAACUCGGUUUUCGUGCUUGCCGCUCGGCAAGCCGCUUCGUCAGGCGAGGUAGAAGAAGACGGACUUGAAACCGCAACCACCUCGCCUGGGGACCCUGAUGAAUAUGAAGUGCCGCUUUCUGAUGCAACGAAAGAUGAGAUGGAGAAACAUCGCAAAGCCGAAGACAAAAACUUUGUGGAGGCGAUGACCAAGAGAAAAGGGCACCUGUCACGGGCCAGCGAGCGUGCGAAGCUGCGCAACGAGGUGGCGGAAAGUGUCGAGCAGGAGGCAUGGUUGGAGGCGCUGAAAGAGCACGCUGAGAUAAUGAGAAAGGACGGCGAAACAGUGCGCGCGUCGCUCAAUAAGCCGGUGGAUGAGCCGUCCUCUAAUACCCCUGAUGCGACUGAUCCUUCGCACCUGCAGCAAAACCUGCUACUAUACGCAAAGGAGCAAACGGAGGAUCAGAAGAAUGUAGCCGGUUUACUGAAUGAGUUGAAGGGGAAACUUUUUUUUGAGAACAAGAGUGAAGAUUUCAACAUCUUAGGGCCCUCUACUGCGGAGACGAUGAACGACGUCGACCGGCACUCUUUUCAGAAAGAAUACUUGCGCUGCAUGCGCGAAUAUUUCUUCGGGCCACCGGAGAAGACUUGUUUCCGCAGUAACCCAGCGCCGGACCAUGGAACACAGCCGCCUGCGGAGAGUACGUUCAGGUUUUUAGUGGAUGUAAUUCAAAGUCACGUCGAUCGUGGUGCACAAACAGCCGCCACAGCAGACGAAAAGUUAAGACUCCUAUCCUCUCGUGUUGCAUCGAAAUGGCUUACAGAGGAAAAGGUGGAAUCGCUUACAAGAAAGGAGCUUGUUAAGCGGUUAGGAGAUGCCCGAAAGGAGCGUAAUGGCUAUAGCCUGAAAUUGCGACAGAAUCAGAGAAGCGCGCCAUGGCAACAAGCUAAGAGACAAGAAAAGCUCGAACAAGCGGAGAAAUUGAUCGACAAACUGAAUUGUCAGACAAAGCUUCUUGAUGGUCAGGGACAAGUGAGAGCUGCGGCGGGAAACAUUUUGGAUCUAUUGCUGAGAGCCGAAAACGGACGAAAGAUAUUUCUAGCCUCUCUUGUCCACGGCAUUCCAAUGCAACAAAAGCUGUGCCACGAGAGAACGACUGCGGUAAUGUCCAAGCUAAAAGAGGACGACGCAUUCUUUCAAGACCAGCUAAAAUUGGCUGAGGAGCUACUAGCGAGCGGGAGCGACGAGGAAGAGAAAAAACCACUACCGAUGUAUGAGCAGCUACCGACAGCAGGAGAUGAUGUGCAUGCGCCUCGUCGAGAGGGGCACGGGCAUGAUGAGCAUAUGCCUCCUCGAGUCGUGGCACAAAAAGGGCAAGAUCAUGAGCCUCCACAGUGGUACUCCGAAGUGGUCAACCUAAUAUAUCCGGAUGGAGAUGAGAAGCGCGAUUCCUACCGCGAGGCAUGGUUUAGCAACGAAAACGACCAGAAAAUUCUGAUGCUCCUCUGGGAAGUCUUCAAUUACGGACAUCAGAAGGCUGCCACUGUAGCCAAGACGUGGCUUGAUCUUGUCGGAAAGACUCUAGAAGGAGUCAACGAGCCGCCGAAGGCUUCGGCAACCGGCACUGGUUCUUUGCCAAAAGAGAAAACGGACACAAGAAAAGGGGGAAAGAAAUAACGAUCCGCAUGCUGUAGAAGUACGACGCUGCAGAUUGAUAUCAAGAAACACAUGGCAGAGAUAUUGAUAUUGAUGCUGAGGAUCACGCGUCGUCAUGCCCAUCAAGGUUAGAGUGUAUCCAUACAGCUGUAACUCGCAUGCAGCGUGGUAGUUUUUAUUGCGUGUGUGAUCCGAGUAGACACUUACUUUGAAUUCAUCAAGGAACUAAAUUUGAGAACAUCAAUCAUAUUUGCAGUAGGUAGCUACGUAAUAAGAUACUGUCGAAUGAAAUUUUAAUUUUUUUAUGUACAUCCGUAGCCAUUUUGGCUCAAGAGAAAGGAUAAGAAACAGGAAGUGUGAAUUCUCGGAAUUCCUUUCACGUCUUUCCUCUAACAAGUUUUUGCGUCAUCUUUCCAUCGAUAAUCUUAGCCGAGCUUAAUCGUGGUCGAAUCUCUUAGAUCAUUUUCGGCUUUCUUCUACAACACCAAGCUAGACAGGCUGGCGCGCCACUUACUCACCACCAAAAACAGAGCUAAAGCAGUAUACCUA